CCCAGUCACAUAAAUAAAACCGCCAUCUUCUUCUCUCUCUCUCUCGUCUUCUCCCCUCUAAAACCCUCUCCUCCACAACCAGACCCAGUCAUGCGCUCCUUCCCUCUGUAAUGAACCAAGGUCUCUAUCUCUUCUUCCAAGAAGAAGAUGGCUGAUCAUCAGUAUCAAAGCCAGGAGGAACAGCACCUGGUUCUAGACUCCACCGUCUUGUUUGAUGCUCUCUACUGUUCGGAGGAAAAUUGGGAGGAAGAGCUUACAGAGGACUAUUCUUGUGAGGAGAAAUAUCAGGAACAAGAAGAUACCCGCUGGAGUAGUCUGGUUUCUACCAACAAGCUAAACCCUCUUCCUGUCUUGCUGAAACAAGAUCUCUCUUGGGACGAUGAGGAGCUUUCGUCUCUACUGUCAAAACAAGAGGAAAAUCAUCUCUGCAAAGUGAUUGAAACCGACCCUUCUUUGUCCGUUGCGCGGAGGAAGGCGGUGGAGUGGAUGCUGAAGGUCAUUUCUCACUACUCUUUCUCCGCUGUCACGGCGGUUCUUGCCGUUAACUACCUCGAUAGGUUUUUGUUCAGUUUCCAUUAUCAGAGAGAGAAGCCAUGGAUGAUUCAGCUAGCUUCUGUGGCUUGUCUCUCUCUUGCUGCCAAAGUGGAGGAGACCCAAGUCCCACUCUUACUAGACCUUCAAGUUGGGGAUUGUGCUUAUGUGUUCGAAGCUAAACAAAUCCAGAGAAUGGAGAUUCUAGUGCUGUCCACGCUUCAAUGGAAGAUGAACCCUGUAAUCCCACUCUCAUUUCUCGAUUACAUGACAAGGAGACUUGGAUUAAAGGAUCAUCUCUGCUGGGAAUUCCUCAGCCGAUGCGAGCGAAUCAUUCUCUCUGUCAUUUCGGAUUCUAGAUUCAUGAUGUAUCUUCCUUCUGUCAUGGCUACUGCUACUAUGCUGCACGUCAUCAAUGGCGUAGCGCCAUCUCUUGGAUUGGAAUACCAAGACCAGCUACUCGGCAUCCUGGGAAUUAAGAAGGACAAAGUAGAUGAUUGCUGCAAGCUGAUAAUCGAAUUAGCAUCAAGAGUCGGCGGCGCCCAAUCCAAUAAACGCAAGUUUGGUUCAAUCCCAGGCAGUCCAAACGGCGUAAUGGAUAUGUCAUUUAGCUCUGAUAGCUCAAACGAUUCAUGGGCUUUCGCUGCAUCAUCUGUGUCUUCUUCCCCAGAACCUGUUUCCAAGAAAACCAAAACUCAAGACGAGCUUCAGAAGAGCCGCAUAAACGAUGCAACUGCUGAUAAUUUUCUCAGCAUUCCUCACUAGUUCCCCAUUCCCUUUUCUUUAAUUUCCUCAAGUCUUCAAUAAUUUUUAUACCCACCAAGCACCUGUGUCUUUCCAUGUUACAAGUAAAUUGCCAACCAUCUCUGCAAUUUUUUAGGACUGACAGAGACUACUCUCACAAGAACAACUUAUCAAGGACACAUUCCUUCUCCGAGCUAAAAUGGGGCGUGUAUGGAGAUUUGGGAUAAUAGCAGAGAUUGUUGGCAAUUGGGAUUUUAUCCAGAGGAAAGCAAACAACUUUUGAAACAUACAAUUAAGAGGUCUUGCAUUAAAGUUCAAACCUUUAUCCAUCCAACCACGACGUACCUCUCUAUCUGUACUUGGGUCGGGUUCUUUUGUUCCAUAAACAUAAUAAAUGUUAAUUUCAUCAAA